UUUGUAUUUUGAUUGCCAAUUAAAAUUGGUAGCAUAACCCCGGCCUUAGAAGUACUAUUUACAUGCAUACAUGGAGUAGUCCCGAUUUUUGAAGGGGUUUUCUAGUGCGAUAUCGAUUCUGAAACAUCGAUACCUAAUGUCGUAUCGUCGAAUAUCGAUGAGUAUCGAACAUUCUUAAAUCAAACGUAAACAAACAAUUUAUGUGUACUGUGCAAUUUAUAAAUAAUCAUUAAAAAAUGUAUGCACCGGCCGAUGAAGAUUAUUUUAGCAAUUUUAAUUAUAACAAAAAUACUGAAAACAUUUUACCAACAGUUGAACUGUUAGUAAACUUUCGUUUGGAUAACGAACGCACGAAGAAGCCGUGCAUCGUAUGUGCAGAGAAAAUUGUAUUCAAAGGAUUGCUUCAGCUACGAUUGACGGAGAAAGCGGAUCAACGUCGUAUGUACAUUACUACAGUGGACGGCUCUUCAUUCAACGCAUUGAAGCAAGAUCAGUCAUUACAUGUCACUUUCGCGGGAUUUAUCGAAAAUCUGGCACGAAUGCUUCAAGAUUGCCGGUCCGGAAAGCUUGAGCUAGCAGUAGUACAAAAACAAUCCGAUUCCUUAGGAGAGCCUGCGGACUAUCAAUUACAAUUUGUAGAAAAGCGCAGUUUUAAAAAUUUAAUUCAUUUGUGUCUGCCCAGUCGAGCGGCUCCUUUAAAUGUGGUAUUAUUCUAUAUGAGCAGCAGGUUAGAUGCAAUACAGACAAGAAACCAAUCGCAAGAACAUCAAAUACAGGCGCUACAACAGGAAGUUGAAAUGCAUUUACGUACAAUUGAACAAUUGAAUGGGGAUAAUAGUAAACUAAAAGAAACCUUAAUUGAUAAUAGUCGAAAUUUAAAUCAACGGCAUUCAGAAGAAUUACAGCAUUUGCAAGAGAGCUUACGAAAAGCAUCUGAGCAGAGACACAUCGAUAAUGAACGUAGUCAAAAGACGAUUACGGCACUACAAUUGCAAGCGGAUAAAUUAAUAGCUGAGAAGAACAAUCUGCUUUCUGAGAAAAUAAAGGAACAAAAACGCUUCGAGUUGCUUAAUGAGGAAUUGGCUGGCGCCAAAUCACAGAGUUCAACAUUGAAGGAACAAAUAGAAAGACUACACGCUGAAAUAUCGAAAUUGAAAAAUACGGAGCGUAAAAAUGAAAUGCAUUUAGCCGAUGCGCGCAAUCAUAUAUCGGAGAUGCAGGAGAAGUUUAAAAAAUAUGAUAAAGCUAAAGAUGAUGUUGUUGCUGAACUGGAGGCGGAGAAGAAAAUUUCGCAAUGUAAACGAAAAGCGUUGGAGAUGGCUGCGGAGGAAAUUUCUAAAGCAAAUGAAAUAAUAUUAAAACAAACACAAGAGCUAAUAAAACUUAAAAAGACCAUUCAUUGGCGAACGGAAGUGGCACUACAACAGGAAAAAGCAAUUGAAGAUAAAGAUAAACUAUUGCAACUACGAGAAAAGGAACUGGUCCAAGCGCGGAAAACGAUUGAAAGUUUACGAGAAGAAAUACCGCAACAACUUGACUCCAUGCGAAAAUUCGCCAGUGCACUGGAACAAAAGUACAGCGAACAAAUAAAUGCAUUACGUGAGAAACUGAAGUCUUCUGGUAAAGAAAAUAUUUCGCCACACUUCUCUACUACAUCAUUAGGUUCUCGUCGCAAAUAGGCGAUUAUAUAUACAUAUAUAUUUUUUUUGCAAUUUAGAUACCAUCGUAAAUUUGUACAAUUUCUGUUAUUUUAUAUCAUAUUUAUAUGUGUAUUAAAUAAAUCCUUACAUGAUAAAAUA